AAAAGAUCAGAGAGAGGUUGCAGGAAGCUGCUCACGUCGGAUAAUCGCUGGCAAGCAUUCAAGCACGCGGUCCCUUGACUGCGCGGAGCGGGAAGUGAUCGCUGCUCGGUCUCCCGGCUCACGCUGUGCCGUCCACAUUAUUCCCCCAGACUCCCCUGGCUUCCGCCGAGGAGCCCAGAUCAGAGACUCCGCGCUUCGAGUGGACGUGCCUUCGACAUGGUCCCAGCGGUCCUCUGCGAGAGCCCCAGCUUCCAUCUCUCUUACUCCCGCUCGGGUCACAGACUGCCCAGAUGUUAGAGACCCACGCAAAAGCGUGUCCAAUUGUCUCUGAAUGAAUCUUGGCGUGCCUUAUGGUUUCUCGUUCAGUGUUGGACCAAUGUUGCCAUGUCCAGGAGAGGUGUUCGUCAGAUGUAGUACAUAUUCUUAUUCCUUGAUGAUGUAUAGAUCUUUCUAUGCAACGACUGCCUUUCCGUAGAUCAAAUAUAACACAAACGAAAAGAUGAACCACGCUUCUGGAACUGUAAGUCAUUUUUCUUCUUUGUCGACUUCCUUCACAAUCGAUUUCCAAGAUUUUGUAAGAAUACAGGAAAGGGAAUCGAAAUGAAAUGAAGUCUUUUGGCCAUGGAGGUCAUCUCUGUUCGUUAUGUCGCGGGGUCCGGCACCUACCGUAGAGCCGGUCAACCUGUACAUGACUACGGACGGCAACAGAGAAAAUCUUGGUUCAGUAUGAGAUGAAUGUGACAUCAGAACGGACGCGAGCAUUUCGUAAUUCAUAGGGUUGCUUCAAACUGCAUGCUUUGAUGAUUGCCCGUGAGCCUUGUGCCAUUUCUGUCUUGCGCGGGACACGGAGAGAGCCUGAGGGAGGAGAAAGAGAGAGGCGAGCACACGCAGUCGCGAUCAGAGCAGGGCAGCGGACGAUCUGCUGCUGGUCGAAUUGGGUCGACGCGACAGGGAGCCGGGGAGUCGGAGGUCGAGGAAGUCUGAGGAGCUCGACUGAUUUUUGAGUGUUUGGUGCGAGCGCCGAGCGGACGAGUGAGCUUCUUGAGCGAGAGGAGGAGAAGCGGGUGCUGCAAGGGAAGGGAAGGGAAUGGAAGGGAAGGCCGGGAGCCGAGGGCGCCGCUCAGUUGCUGGUCAAUGCAGGAUUUGCAGAGCCGGGAUGCUCUUUGCCAUUCUUCCGCAGGACUUGCAGUGGAGUGGACUGUGGAGCGUCACAAGUAGAUUGCGCAUAAAUAGUCGUCGGGUUAGAGCGGGCUUCGUGCAGUUAGAGGGCAGGAAGAUGGGCAGAUAAUGGUCUGAAUCGUUUUGGCAAGAUUAGUCGCAGGCGACACAUGAGUUCCAAGCUUCGCCUCUCCUCGUAAAGUUUGGUUCACGAAGAAGGGUUUGCUUCGACUUCAGAGCUCUUCAGCUAGGACCUUCGUCUGCCAGCGUCGGUGCGGGUUUCGAAGCGUUCCGAUUGGCACUGCCCAAUAUAUCGCUGUUGGGGUCACGAGAUCUGGUGACAUUCUCCCUUGGCCUACUGUUUCAGCUACAUCUAUGAGGUCUUCCUGAAUCCAAUUCCUAUCUUGAAAGUCAUCUUGCGAAGGACACUACGCGAGCAUUGACGGGCUGCGUCCAAUGGAUAGUAGCAAUUGGAGGAAUUUCCUUCCUCAUGACUACAGGCAGAAGAUAAUUAAGCGCAUAAUGGAUAAUCUUCAAAGACACUUACCGCCUAUUGGGCAGGAAAGUAUGGGGGAAUUGUUGAAAAUAGCUUGGCGUUUUGAGGAAAAGAUUUACCAAGCAGCGACGGACCAGCAAGAUUACUUGCGGAGGAUAUCGUUGAAGAUGCUUUCUUUGGAAGCAUGGGUCCUCAGGAAAUCGUUGAAACCAGGUAAGAGAAUAGUCAUGACCUUGCCCGUCCUCUUUCUAGAUUGAGAAUAUGUCUGAUGUCUCUGAUGGCAUACGUAUGCGAAUUGAUGAAACGAUUUGCAGAGGUUGUCAAAUAUGUCGUGUUUCUUUGUUGCAACAAUAAUCAUGCAGAAUGAGCCUCAGGAAGAGCAGCAACAACAACAGAAGAAUCUGCAGCAGCAACUGCCGGUGAAGUUUCUUGUCCAGCGCCUAAUUUCUUAUGAGGCUCUGAAGAGGACGUGAAAUUGGAAUUUGACGUGUUUGAUCCAAUUUUGAACUGCUAUCAAUGUUUGUGGAUUAGACUUACUUGAAAAAUAAUGUUUGAUAAGGCUAAUCACUGAACUUACAUACUUCAAACUCUAUCUAGCUUGACACAUCUCCGAUCAGUUGAUGAUAUAUUAGGCUUUAGUCAAACCGCAAUUGUGAUAUUAUCCUUAUCCUUGUGUUGACACUUUGAAAUAAUAGUCUUAACAUUUUUUGUUAUGACAUUCAUAUUCACUUCGAAGCAUAAUUAUUAUAUAUUAUCCAACUAUAUGUGAAUAAUUUGUGUUGUAAUUAGAUCAUGGUGGUCUGCACUUUAUCAGUUGUUUUGAUUACCAUGGUUGGUAGAAGUUUAUAAGAACACGAUGCCAUAAAUUCAUUUUUUUUUCAAUUGUUUAGAAUUUAUGCAAAGCUUGUGCAUGCUAACAUAAAUUAAAGAUAAUACAUACAUGAUAGGAAGUAUAAAAAAAAGAAGUAUGUUGUGAACUAGUUAAGUGGUAGAAAAAGUACACCAUGCAUUACUUGAAG